CGUAUGUGAAUCAUUCUAAAGCAAGAUGUUUAUAUUUCAUCAUAGCCCCUUUGUGAAAAUCAUUCUAUUUUUGAUUUGUUUUCAUUUUCUGCGUGGUCCCUCUGCUGCGCUCCAUUCGUCAGAAAUACAAAUGGCGGUCGCGUGUGUUCUACGUCCGGUGAUUCCGCGAUAUUUUGAACGUUUUUCGAAGUGAUAAUAAAACCGUAAUGGUGAAAAAAGUGCAGUGGUAGCGAAAUAUAAACGUUGGUUGUAAUAUGACAACGUUCGAACGACAAAUGUGGGUGGUGGACGAAAAAUUCCACCACAUUUACACCGUGUCAAUGCAAAUUGGAUUGCCUGCAGCCAUUGUGUUGACACUAUUCGAUAAACAUUACCCCGCCGAGUGCUUCGGGACCCUCACCGAAUCAGAAUGGGAGAACGUUCUGGAGGGCACUGGCAUGGAAGGGAAAGGAGCUGAGGUGUUCCAGCGCAUCGCGGCGUGGAAAACGGCAUCGGAAAUUGGCCCGGGUCAGUCCGUUAUACCUCCGUUGGAAGCUAACGUAUACAUGUUUCAAAUCAAGGGUGAUUCAAACGAUGAAUCAGAUUCGGAGGAACCGCACCAUAAGGACGACAGAGAGAAUCUCUCGCAAAUGAACGAUGUGGAACAAUCCGCUUCGAAGCCUUUCGGAGCUUCAAGUGAGAAUGCCGAAUGUGCGCCUGAUAGAGAUACUGAUCUAAUGGCAACUGAAGGUGCUGGCGAUAGACCAUGCAAGAUCGAAGCUAGCAAUACGAAGGACAUCAUACAACAGAGCCGCGACUCUGGAAUAGUGGAGAGCGAUGCAAUCAGACCACUCAACAGUAGCCCAGAGUGUAAACCUGGAAUUAACACGAUUGAAGUGAAUGAAGGACGGAUCACUACAGAUGGGAUUCACGCUGCUGAUGUUGGGACAUCCGUAGCUCUCAGAAUGGAAACGACCGAUUGUGAUAACACACCAGCAGGUGUUGAAAAACAGAUCGCACCAAUUAAACCGCCUGCUGUGCUUAACUGCAUGCUCGAUGGGCCCGCUUUGAAGUUACGCCCUAUUGGUGGUAUAAACCUACAAAUUCCUAGAAAUAACAAUGUUGACUAUAAUCGAAUAGUUGACACAUUCGACAAGAGUAGGCAAUGAGGAAACAAGGAUUCAUGCGAGUAUUUUUCAUCAAUAGGGUAUAUAAAGUAAUGUGGACAAACCGUUACGCGUACCCAUAUAAUUUAAACAUUUAUAUUUGAUUUUGCCGUACACGCCCAAAUAAUAUACGCAUAACGGUAUGUCCAAAAUACAUUUUUUUGUACUUUCGUUUCA